AUGUCCCUUGCGGCCGUGCCAGCACUGUGCCCGGUGAUCGUUCCCGACAUCCUCUUAAAUCAAAUGUUUCAUGCGGCUAAGUCGGACCCCGCUCACAUCUAUAAUGCCUUAUGCAUGAAACUAGAAAUGUCGAUUCAAGCUAAUCUAUUGGCAUUGUCACAAGCUUUGCUCGCACUAGAAGCGUUCUCUCCUCCGGCAACUACCACGUCCGAUGCACCCAUUAUCACCUUCUAUUAUGCUCACUCAGUACCAGGGAUCAGUAGAUACAGCGACAAACAUCACCAGCUUUCUUGGAAUACGCACCUCUAUGAGGAAAAGGCUGUCAGUCAGUCGGAAGACUGUUUGUUCUUGAAUGUAUACACUCCCGGAAGUGAAGUGGUGGCCACACCGUCGGGAGGGCUCCCAGUUGUCGUAUGGAUUCACGUUCACGGUGGAGGGUGUGUUUUGGGAGUUGCGAAUGCAUACAAUGGCGCAGACCUAAUCGUGGAAUUAGAUCAUCGUGGCGUCACUGUCGUGCUCCAGUACCGCCUCGGUUUAUUCGGCUUCCUUUCUGGAGAAGCGGUCAAAGAAGGGGGUGUGCUCAAUGCUAGACUACCCUUGUUCACUACUCUCGUCGUUUCGGGUGCCGGUUCCGUGCUACAGCAUUUUGUUGUUCAUGAAGGAAACACGCAGCCUCCCCUCUCCAGAUCUGCCAUGACAAGUUCCGCAUUCUUUCUAUCACAAUAUAACUAUAAUGACCGAAUUUCGGAGGUCGUCGAUGGAACAAACUCAAUUCGGGUACUCUCUCUUGUUUGCGCGCUGCAGACGUCGCAAACCUUAAACUAUAACAUCAACAUCAACGGCUUCUUUGGCACGUACGUAUUCGUUCCUGUCAUAUAUGGCGCUUUCAUCGUGGAGAGACCUACCGUGACGAUUAGGAAAGGUCGCUUGAACAGUACCCAUUACCUUCUUGCCGUAACCAAUUCGUAUGAGGGAACCUUCGUGAACCAAUCGACGACAUUGGAUAUUGCAGAUUAUGUCAAAACGCUUUCCCCGAAUUUCGGUUCUGCUCAGGCUGCAGGAGUAAUGAUGAUGUACCAGAACCAGGGAAGCAACAACAACCAGGUAUAUCUCGUGAUGAGUGAAUCAAUAUUCAUUUGCCCUACUUAUUAUCUCAAAGCAUUUGGAGAACGAGUUUGGAAGGCCGAGUUUUCAAUUCCACCUGGCGUGCACGGACAAGAUGUUGCAUACUACUUCACUUUGUCAGUUGAUGCAAUGGGUUAG